CGGAUACGCAUCCUGUGUAAAUGCUGAUGUGUUACUGCGGUUGAGUCGAUGUAUUAGGUUCGGGGUGAAAUAAAGCUGUAGAGGUUGAUGUGAACAGGAAUACAAGCUGUUUGGUAGGCGCGACUGUAUCAUAUUACUGGUGCAAAACAAAAAAUAUGGCGCCCAAAGGAAAAGUUGGCACAAAGGGCAAGAAGCAAAUAUAUGAGGAGAAUGCUGCAACACUUAAGUUUUACACAAGAGUUAUUCUUGGAGCGAAUGUCAUAUUUGCUGCUGUAAACCUUCUUUUCUACAGUUCUUCAACCGUUUGGACAUGGCUCUUGUUGGUGUUUGCUCUGGUGGUUUACAUGGGGAGUUAUCGGUCCAUGUCUGCUAUGGCAAGGCCCACUUUUGCAGAAGAUGGAAGCCUACUUGAUGGUGGAAUAGAUCUGAACAUGGAGCAAGGGAUGGCAGAGCACCUGAAAGAUGUCAUUUUGCUCACUGCCAUCGUGCAGGUCCUCAGCACCAUAUCAUCCUACUUCUGGUACCUCUGGCUUCUGGCUCCAUUGCGAGCUUUGUAUUUGCUUUGGGUCAACUUUCUGGGACCCUGGUUUACAGCUCAGACCCCAGCUGCCACUGAGGAGGUGAAUGAAAAGAAACAGAGAAGACAGGAGCGAAGACAAAUGAAGAAAUUUUAAUUUGGCAGAGGUAAUGGAGUAUUAAAGAUUUUUUUUAUUUUAAUCAUUUGCAAAGAAGUUUUGUGGAAUUUUCUUGGGCUGGAGAUAGGGGCACAGAGGUGGAAAAUAGCAAACAUUUCAAAUUGUUACUAAUGAAAAGAUGAUUUAAUAAAAGCAGCCCCCCCGUACCGAUCUUUUUCAGUGACGACGAGAUUAAAGUGUCAGAUGAAGGUUACUCUUCAAGCAUGUCAGCUCACCAUUACUUGUCUGGCCAUUUCUUGUCUAAAAAAAAGCUGGGGUACUGCCUGAAAAUGUCCAGUCUUGGUUAUGUUAACUUGGUAUUGGAGCAAUGUCAGAAUGUUGAACAUUUUUCUGUUUGUAUAUUUGAGUAUCUGUAUGCAUUAAAAACAAUAUUUUGCACCAAGAACUUUUUAAAAAUAGGCUGUUUUGGAAAAAUGCCAUUGAAAAUGAAUAGACUUGAGGAAAAAAAUCUGUAUUAAAGUGCAAG